CACCCCUCCUCUCCCUUCUCCUCUGCCUCCUCCUGUCCCCCUCCCUGCUCCUGCACCUCUGGCUGCCCCUCCCACGGCCUUACACCCCCUCACCACCACCACUCCCCCCACACCCCUCCCUUCUCCUCCCCCUCCCACUCCCCUGGUCAACCCCCUCUCCGCCUACACCAGUGCAGAGCGGAUCCCCAUUCUCUGAGAUCAAUCGGCUACCAGCCCAGCUCUCCCAAAUCAUCCACCCUCCCCAGCCCCACCCAGCCCCCUCCAGGCAUGUACCAGUCCCUCCACCAACCCCACCCCUCCAUACUCCAGUCCUGCCUGGCUGACCGCCCUCUCCAGCACCCCCAACACAUGGAACCCCGUCGGGCCCCCACUCUCCACCGCUCCCCCCAGGGCCAGCCAUCUGUCUCCGGGGGCCCCUACAGUGACCACAGCCACUCUCCCAACCUGCCCCCUAUGGACCCUCAGUACUUGUGCAGCUCACAGAGCCUAGGGCCAUCCUAUGGAUCUGAUUAUGGGAGUCUGUCUGGGUCUGACUACCCAGACAGUACAGGUGGUCUGGGGUACGGGCAAACCCCUCGCAGGGUCCUCAUGGAUCCUGACACGGGAAAGUAUUUCUACAUUGAGGUGCCUGUGCAGCCACUGAGGAAGAUGCUGUUUGAUCCAGAGACGGGCCAGUAUGUGGAGGUGCUCAUCCCUCAGAGUACCAUGUCUCACUCAGGCCUUUACCCUCCCUUGGCCGCCCCCUACUCCACUGCCUCAGCGGCCCCCUACUCCUCCAUCCACAACCCCAGUAUAUAUGCCCCAGCCCCCCAGUACCUCCCCUAUGGCCCCCCUCCUCCUGCACCUCAUCCCCAGUCCCAGUCCCAGCCACCCCGCCACCCAGAGGCUCCAGUCCCAGGGACGAUGCACCUGAAUGGGGCUCAGGUCGGCUACGGGAGCCCCGGGAGCCAGGGGUCCAAGCCGGAGCCCCAGAGUCAUGCACCUCUGGACCAGAGCUACCUGGAUAGCAUGUACUACGUCCCUACAGGCAUGAACACUAGCCCCCCGGACUGCUACCACAAACAAGCCUCCAGUCUGCCCAACGCGGGUGGUAAGAGGGCUUGAAAUAGUCGUCUUCCUGGUGCCUGUAGAAUCUCAGAAUACAGCCAUGCCAGGGUGUAUAUGAGGUGCUCUAAUGUAAGCCUCAGGCCUUGAUGUUAGCUUUGUUUCCCUGGCAACUGGACUGGAGUGAAUGAUUAUUUAGUUGUGGUUGUUUGUUGUUUUUUAAAUGUUUUGUUGUUUAUGUUCUUUGCUGCUUUUAUUUGCCUGGUUGCCUGAUUAUGUUAGCUUUUUAUGCAUUGAUUUGGUAAGAGAAGGUCCGUGAGGAUUUGAAGGUCCGUGAGGAUAUUUCUGGUAUUUCUAAUGAUAUUUUUCUUUGACAAAAACCAAAAAAUCUAAAUGUUUUACUGGUUACCUAAAAGCCAUCAGGUGUGCCUUAUCCAUUCUCAUAGAUUAUUCAUUCAAUCUACAUGUUCUACUGGUUACCUAAAAGCCAUCAGGUGUGCCUUAUCCAUUCUCAUAGAUUAUUCAUUCAAUCUAAAUGUUCUACUGGUUACCUAAAAGCCAUCAGGUGUGCCUUAUCCAUUCUCAUAGAUUAUUCAUUCAAUCUAAAUGUUCUACUGGUUACCUAAAAGCCAUCAGGUGUGCCUUAUCCAUUCUCAUAGAUUAUUCAUUCAAUCUACAUGUUCUACUGGUUACCUAAAAGCCAUCAGGUGUGCCUUAUCCAUUCUCAUAGAUUAUUCAUUCAAUCUAAAUGUUCUACUGGUUACCUAAAAGCCAUCAGGUGUGCCUUAUCCAUUCUCAUAGAUUAUUCAUUCAAUCUAAAUGUUCUACUGGUUACCUAAAAGCCAUCAGGUGUGCCUUAUCCAUUCUCAUAGAUUAUUCAUUCAAUCUAAAUGUUCUACUGGUUACCUAAAAGCCAUCAGGUGUGCCUUAUCCAUUCUCAUAGAUUAUUCAUUCAAUCUAAACAAACACUUACUGUUUGCAUUUACAUUACGUUUAGAUACAUGUUUCAAUGCAUACGUCUAAUAUUUAAAUAAAUUCACCUUGUAUUAAAACCAAUAUCUCCUAAAGACUUGAAACUGCUAUUUGGGAAGAUCUCAUGGAUGUGAUGUUUUUCUCUGUUUAUUAAUGAAUGAAUAGGUUUUGUUCACAAAGAAGCUGCAAUGACACUAAUAAAAAUGUGUAAGAUAUUGAAUGUAAUAAAACUACUGUAGAAUGCA